AAAUAUAAGUUCCCUCCAAACCAGAGCCCUAGACCUUCAAAUUCAACUACCAGAUAGAUAGAAAUGGCUUCCCGAGCACAAAAUCACCUCCAAAAACCCCCCAAGCAGCCUCCGAAGAUCCUCAAAAAGCAAUGGUCCAUCGACGAUUUCGAGAUCGGUAAACCCCUCGGAAAGGGCAAAUUCGGCCGCGUCUACCUCGCCCGUGAAAUCAAGAGCAAGUAUGUAGUUGCAUUGAAGAUAAUUUUUAAAGAGCAAAUAGAGAAGUACAGGCUGCAUCACCAGCUGAGAAGGGAGUUGGAGAUCCAGAGCAGUCUCCGCCACGCGAAUGUUCUGAGGCUCUUCGGCUGGUUCCAUGACGACGAGAGGAUUUUCCUGAUCUUGGAGUAUGCUCACGGCGGCGAGCUCUACAAGGAACUCCGCAAAUCCGGAACCUUUUCUGAAGAACAAGCCGCCACUUACAUUGCAAGCCUUACUCAAGCACUGGCCUAUUGCCACGAGAAACAUGUGAUUCAUAGGGACAUAAAGCCUGAAAACCUGUUGCUGGACCAUGAGGGCCGAUUGAAGAUUGGAGACUUUGGAUGGUCAGUACAGUCGAGAAGCAAGAGACAUACAAUGUGUGGAACUUUGGACUACUUGGCACCAGAAAUGGUGGAGAACAAAGCUCAUGAUUAUGCAGUUGAUAACUGGACUCUAGGUGUUCUUUGCUAUGAGUUUUUGUAUGGUAUGCCCCCAUUUGAGGCAGAAAGCCAGAAGGAUACCUUUAGAAGGAUUAUGAGGGUUGACCUCAACUUUCCCUCCACUCCUCAGGUCUCUGCAGAAGCAAAGAAUCUCAUUAGUCGUCUUCUGGUGAAGGACUCUUCAAAAAGGCUGUCUCUUGAAAAGAUCAUGGAUCAUCCUUGGAUAAUAAAGAAUGCUAAUCCCAUUGGAGCAUGCUGGAAUUGACAAUUUACUUGUCUGUGCAAUUGGUUCUCAGAGCAAAUAGUGUUAUUGAGAUCAUGGUUCAAGAUAGUGAAGGAUGUUAAUUAUUUUUCUUGUAAAUACAUGUCAUAUAUCAAGGCACUAAACCAAAGGGAUUUAUCUUGAUUCCAUCUGCCAAUUAUCUGUACCUACAACUCCAUAUUUUUCAUCUAUUUUCAUGCUCAGCACAUUUAUGUAGUGCAAACCUUGUUUUACCAAAUACAAAAUAUACUGUAAUUUCCUCCUAAUUCUAUUAGAACAUAAUGCUUCUAAGAGCUGCACUUCACUAUAUAAACACAGUAAGCACAUAAACAAUAUUCUUUAGUUCUUAAAAUAACAGCAAAUUUCUCUAGAACCCAAGCUGUUGAUUGUUUUAUAACCCCAGAAAAUUAUGACAGGACACUUGCUAGCAUCAGCUCACUCACAAGGAGAUGGAAUCAAUGCAUGACAAAAGUUGGCGUUUCAUCACUGAUGGUGGUGGAAUCACUGCUGCUGCUUGUGCGGAUGGAAUUGUGAGGGUAUUCAAGUUGGAUGAUGCAACAAGUAAAAGCUUUAAGUUUUUGAGGAUUAAUUUACCUGCUGGAGGUCAUACAUCUGCAAUUGCAUUUGCUGAUGAAAAAUCUUCAAUAGUUGUAGCAUGCCCAGCCUUUUCUGGUUCUUCUCUAUACAUGUAUGGGGAAGAGAAACCAAAAGCAGCCACUGAUGGCACACAACAGACCAAGUUGCCUCUACCAGAAAUAAAAUGGGAGCAUCAUAAAAUCCAUGACCAGAGGGCUGUCCUCACUCUGUUUAGUACCAAGGCUACUUAUGGUACUGCUGAUGGGAGUACAAUUAUUGUUUCAUGUUCAGAAGGAAGGUACUGAUAUUGUGCUUUUUCAUGGAAAAACUGGAAAGCUCUUGGGUAAUGUUGACACAAAUCAACUCAAAAACCACAUGGCCACAUAAUGGGUGUUUCGUUGCUGCUGCAGCUUUCACUGCUGAUGUUAAGGUGGGAAAUUGUGUACUCAAAAGAUGGUUCAGUGAAGGAAGUGUUGAGAGUUAUGCAGUAAGCUCAAGGGGCACAAGAGUUCAGAGUGCAGUGACUUGGCUCUGCUUUACUCCAAAUUCAGAUCAAAUAAUUAGUGCAUCCAAUCCAAGGAUGGUUCUAUUAGAGUGUGAAGGAAUAUCAAUGGUAUGUUAGUUUAGUAUUAGUUCAUCCAAACAUGUUCUGGCAUUCUUUUUUUGAGUACUAUUGACUCUGUUACAAUA